UAGAAUUGAAGUUUUUAGCUUACGUUAGUCCUCUAUAGAGAAUAGACCUGAUGCAAAUUGUCAGCUCUUCCCAACCACCUUCCUCUUGCUCUCCUUCCCUCUUCCUUUAUUGAAUAUAGUGUGUGCCCACCAUGUGUAUCCCACUCUUCCAGGUGCCAAGGAAUCAUUUCAACAUCAGUUUUGGCAGAAAAAAGUUGUGACCUAAGUAUGAAACACAGCUCCAGGGUGAGGUGGGAAUGAGGCUAAUAAGCCAAGGCUGGUGCUUAAUCUCCUUCAAAAUGUAUUUCUAGGAUGAGUCUGCACAUAGGAAUUCCAACUCACGUUCCAUCGUAGCCACCCACAUGUUUCUCAGCCCUGCCUAACCCAGAGAGUGAGCCAUCUUUCCCGUUCCCUGGACAUGGGCUGCUAUUCAUCACAUCUGGGCAGGUAGCUUCCUUUGGAGACAUUCCCACAUGAUGCAUCACAUGCAAGCCGGCAGCAGAGGCUGGAAGUUAUCUCAGCCAUUGCUUACACCUCCCAGUGCCAGCUGGCGCUCACACAUGCAGCCUCCUGGGGAAGUCAAUGGAUGGGAAACCACAGGGAAGCCACCUCUGGGGCAGGGGCUUCUGAGUAGACAACGCUAAGGACAGAACCCCAUCUGAUAGGCUGACUGGAUCUGCAAUGGCAUGGAGUUUUGAAAGCUUCAGAUUGGAAACCUUUUGCCUUUGCCUUUAUUUUUACAGAAGCAAGAAAGGCAGCUGCGUUGAAGACAAUGACUCAUACGUUUUUGCUGUUCUGCUUAGUGUUUCUUUUGCCCACAGAGUCCUGCAGGACAUUAUGCCAGGUGCAUGUGAUGGGGUCUGUGUGGACAAUUCCCAUUGCAGUCAACCUUGCCCUCCAGAUACUUCGGGAAAUAUGGGGUUUUUAUGUAGGCGAAAUAAAUGGCACAAGAUCACUGAUACCUGCCAAACUCUUACCGCCUUCAACAUCUUUGAGGAGGAUUUAAGUACAGUUCCAUCAUUUGGAAGUACUGUAUACUCAAAGGAAUAUGUCGGGAAGUCUGAGACCAUUGCAGAUAAGUUGAUGAAGAAGUGUCCGCAGGAUUUGUCCUGUGUUAUUAAGAACAUCCAGCGUUCUCCCCGGAUACCAGGAAACAUCGCUGUCAUCGUGCAGCUACUACACAACAUAUCGACCAUGCUGUCAACAGAUGUGGAUGAAGCAAAGAUGCAGAGUUACAGCAUCAUGGCCAACCACAUUCUUGACAGCAAAAGCAUCUCAAACUGGACCUUCAUCCCUGAGAAAAACAGCAGCUGUGUGCUCCUGCACUCAGUCAAUAGCUUUGCAAGAAAGCUACUCAUAAAUAAAUAUCCCAUCGACAUAUCGGAUGUCUUUAUUCAUACUAUGUGCACCUCCAUAACUGGAGAUACCAAGGGAAAGAAUUUAACUUUCUCAAUGAGAGUUAAUGACACCAGCAGUAGAGUCACUGGGAGGGUGCUGAUCAGCAGGGAGGAAGCCCAGAAGGUACGUUCUCCUUCCCAGGUCGUCAGCAUUGCAUUUCCAACCCUUGGAGCCAUCUUAGAAGCCAGCCUUUUGGAAAACGUCACUGUGAACGGACUUGUCCUGUCUGUCAUUUUGCCCAAGGAACUUAAAAGAAUCUCACUGGUUUUUGAAAAGAUCCAGAAUUCAGAGGACAGGAGGACACAGUGUGUUGGCUGGCACUCGUUAGAGAGCAGAUGGGACCAGCAUGCCUGCCAGAUGAUUCAGGAAACCUCCCAGCAAGCUGUGUGCAAAUGUAGGCCAAGCAAGUUGUUUACCUCCUUCUCCAUUCUUAUGUCACCACACACCUUGCGGAGCCCCAUCCUGACUUACAUCACAUACAUAGGCCUGGGCGUUUCUAUCUGCAGCUUGAUCCUUUGCUUGUCCAUCGAGGCCUUGGUCUGGAGCCGAGUGACGAAGACAGAGAUCUCGUAUUUACGCCACUUGUGCAUUGUUAACGUCGCGGCUACCUUGCUGAUGGCUGAUGCCUGGUUCAUCGUGGCUUCCUUUCUUAGUGGUCCAAGGACACACCACAAUGGAUGUGUGGCAGCAACAUUUUUUGUUCAUUUCUUUUACCUUGCUGUGUUUUUCUGGAUGCUCGCGAAGGCACUUCUUAUCCUCUAUGGAAUUCUGAUUGUUUUCCAUACACUGCCCAAGUCAGUCCUGGUGGCAUCUCUCUUUUCAGUGGGAUAUGGUUGCCCUUUGGUCAUUGCUGUUAUUACAGUUGCUACCACUGAGCCUGGCAAAGGCUACCUUCGGCCUGAGGCCUGCUGGCUCAACUGGGACAUGACCAAGGCUCUCCUGGCCUUUGUGGUCCCAGCUCUGACCAUUGUGGUAGUAAACCUGAUCACCGUGACACUGGUGAUUGUCAAAACCCGGCGAGCUACCAUUGGCAGUUCCAUGUUCCAGGAGGUGAGAGCCAUCGUGAGAAUCAGUAAGAAUAUCGCCAUCCUCACACCACUGCUGGGCCUGACCUGGGGAUUUGGAAUAGCCACAGUCAUCGACGAUAGCUCCCUCGUCUUCCACAUUCUCUUCUCCUUGCUUAAUGCUUUCCAGGGCUUCUUCAUCCUGGUGUUUGGAACAAUCCUGGAUCCAAAGAUAAGAGAAGCCUUAAAAGAUCGAGUAACGUCUGCAAAACGGAUCUCCAGGAUAUCAGAGAACCUUUCUUCUGAUUUCUCUUGUCGCCACACCAAAGGGCCAAGUUAACAAAGUAGGCCACACUCCUAACUUGGGAGGUCAUACAUUCCAGGAAUGGCAGAACCCCCAGGAGAAGUGUGUUUAUUCCUGUCGUCUGGCCUCCGGGGAGUAUGAAGACAGCGUGUAGUGCUGCUGAUUGAGGAGGGUGUGACAUACAGAAAGGAUGGAAGGCCCCUCUGUCUACUUCUGUGCUGCUAAUCGCCUCUCCCUCAUCAACUGUAAACACAAUAAUGCCAUUCUGGGCAUCUACAGGGAAUAGAAAGACAAUGUGGGCCACAGCAAGACCUCAGUCUUGUCGGGGCCUCCGGAAGAGCACUCUGGCUCAUCUUGGCAAAGGUGUCCUGGGAUGUCGCCUGGUUGGAUUCUGUGGGCUGCUGAGGGAGGGGCCCUCAACAACAGUUGGGCUGACACUAAGUAGGUCAUUGCUGGUUCUUUGUACAAAAGGAAUCUUACUGCCAGCAUAUUCCACUCCUCCAAAUUUAAAUGGGUUGCAUGGUCAACCGGGCUUGGCUUUCAAUGCAACUUUUUUGGCUAUGAACCAAGUGAAAUAGGUAGAACUUCUGAACCAGAAAGAUGCUCAUUUUAAGUUAAGGAGACUGAAGCCUAGAACAAUGGGUCACAGGUAAUUGAGGCUUGAGCCAGAGGCCAAAACCCAAGUCUGCAGGCUUCCAGUCCUGGACUUUCUCUAAAAGCAAGGCACUACUGAAGGACUCUGUCUACUCUGACAAUAUGAUUAACCCUCACCAACAACAAGUUGGGUAUUUUUUUUUUUUUAAACCUGAGAUGAGAAAGGGGAAGUAUCAUGUUUCAAGUAGAGAGCUGCUCAUUUUCUUAUCUUUGUAUGUAAACAAAUUCAUCAUUCAAAUCAGGUUCACCUGAUAGGAGAUCAGUAUUAUAGAUAGAAGCCCUUUUAAAAAUAAAAUAAAA